AUGUUCACGAAUGAAGGCUCAUCCACAACAACACCACCCUCAUCGUUACGCUUCGUCGUUGCAUCAUCAUCAUCAUCAACACAACCGUUACUCACAAUUCCCACAAGUGUUAGCACACGACCACGAAAACCUUCUCUGCGUGGAAUUAAAAUCUCGGAUCGGUUUGUAAAAUUAAAUCGAGAGUUAGGCUCUGGUUCUUUCAGUGAUGUCUAUCUCGGAGAAGAUUUAGAAUUUGAUCAUCCAAAAGACUCGAAACAACAACUCGUUGUUACAUCCUCUUCAACGACAAUAGCCUCAGAAAAUAAUUCAGAAUAUAUUCAACAUGACAAAAUAUUAAAAAAAGAUCGUUAUGUAGCGAUUAAACAAAUCAAAGUAGAAAAAUAUUCACGUGCCACCAUCAAGUAUUUAGAGAAAGAAAUUCAAAUUAUGAAAGAAUGCAAUCAUGAAAAUGUAAUCAAGUUAUUAGAAACGAUUCAGGUCAAUUUUCCUUCACAAAUGUACUUGGUGCUAGAAAAGUGUGACACCAAUAUGAGAAAAUAUAUGAACAUGAAAAAACAGUUAGCGCGUAAGAAUUAUAAGAGUCAGAGUUUCUAUGAUGGAAAAUUGAGAAAACCAUUCUUUGCUGAGCGUGAAAUUCAAUAUUGGUUAAAACAAAUUGUUGCAGGUAUUCAAUAUUUACAUGAAGAAAAACAUGUUAUUCACAGAGAUAUCAAACCAGAGAAUUUUCUGUUAAAGAAAUUCAACCAGAAUUUAGAGGACUUGUUAGUAGAACCCGAAGAACAUGAAUUUGGUAAUUUCAAUGAAUACAAAUUGGUCAUUGGUGACUUUGGACUUUCAAAAGCAAUGGAGAACAAUCAAAUUACUCAAACCAUUGUUGGAACUUGGCCCUAUAAAAGUCCCGAACUAGCUCAACAUUUACCGUAUGGCUACGACGCAGAUAUAUGGUCCAUUGGAGUCGUGCUAUUUGAGAUGAUUGCUGGUUAUUGUAUUUUUAACACAAAAAAGAAUGAGCAAAUUUACAUUGAGAGACCUAAUUUUGGACAAGCGAUUAGUUCAAGCACUCCCAACGUAGAUUGGACAUUUCUUUUAGAUCAUGUACAUAUUUCUUAUAAUUUAUUUAAUUUAUUGGUGAGCAUGUUGACGUAUGAUAAGGAUAAAAGAAUUUCCAUUGGCGGCAUUGCCACGCAUCCGUUCAUGCUUCAAACAUGGAGUGAAGAAGAGUCAUCAGUGACCAUUGUUGAUAACUACAUUUCACAUCAUAAUGAACAGGUUCAGAAAAGUGUGGAAACGGUAGAUCAGCCACCACUUUUACAACCACUUGUGGAUGCUGAACAGCGCACACUCUUAUUAAUAGAUCCUUUAGGAAAGGAAGAGAUUGUCACAUCCUCGAAUGGCUCUAUUCUCUUGAGGUCAGGAUUACAAGAGAGCGUGACGAGACCAGAAUUCUCUCCUACAACUAUUCUCUUAAAGGACACAUUUGAAGAAUUGGAAUUUGACAGCACCAAGAUUCGAGAAAUAUCAGGUGGAUUACCAACAAAUCAAAGAUAUACUGAAUGCGUUCUGAUUGAAAAAAGUAAGGAUGCAAAAAUUGUGGUCUUUGUCAUCAACGAAGAGGCAAGCAAGAACAGGUCCCUUCACUAUUCGUUGAAAGUUCAAGGUGUGUUAUUUAAAGAGGAUUGGCUUGAUUGUUCGCAAGUGAGAGAUUUUGAAAUUAUCAACGACUGUGAACAACUGGAAAUAGAAAUAGAAAUAUCGACUGGCGCAUGGGAUCAAAUCCUUUAUUACUUGUCACCUGAUACAGUUCCUUUUAGAAUCCAGGUUUAUGUACAAAAUUAA